UCGCUCUGCAAAGACAGUGGGCCCCGUUCUCGAGUCCUAUUUCAACCCAACACCGUCGUCCACCGCGUAUACAGCCAGCAGUUCAGAAACUCCCACUCCCCACUAAACUCUGAUCCAUCUCUCUCUCUCACCGGAGAAAGAGAAGCGGAAAUGGCGAAGAACUCGAUACUCCGUACAUCCCGCUCUGUUUCACUUGCGGAUCGGGUCUCCGGAGGAGUUCACGGUAGAUCCACCGAUGGCGGCUUCACCUUCAAGUGUUUCGCUUCCGCCCUCACCCUAGCCGUUUUUCUCUUUUUGGCUCUCUCUUUACGCUAUACUACCUCGUCGCGUCCUUCCCAUCUGAACAUUGGGAUUCCACAUGAUGAACAUGGAGUUGGGCCUUUACGAAGAUCUGUACUGGCUCUGAAAUCGGAUCCUCUAAAGCCACGACUUGAUCUGAUAAGGAAGCAGGCGGAUGAUCACCGUGCUCUUGCUCUGGCUUAUGCUUCCUAUGCUCGAAAGCUCAAACUCGAGAACUCAAAACUUGUUCGGGUCUUUGCUGAACUGUCUCAAAACUAUACAGAUUUGAUUUCAAAGCCUUCGUACCAAGCACUGUUUCAAUCGGAUGCCAAUUCACUUGAUGAAUCAGUGCUUCGGCAGUUUGAGAAGGAGGUGAAAGAAAGAAUCAAAGUCACACGUCAAGUCGUUGCUGAGGCAAAGGAGUCUUUUGAUAACCAGCUAAAGAUUCAGAAGCUAAAAGAUACCAUUUUUUCUGUAAAUGAUCAACUAACAAAAGCAAAAAAGCAAGGUGCAUUCUCAAGCUUGAUUGCUGCAAAAUCAAUUCCCAAAAGCUUGCACUGUGUGACUAUGAGGCUAAUGGAGGAGCGCAUUGCACACCCAGACAAGUACACCGAUGAAGGAAAGCCCACUCCACCUGAAUUUGAGGAUCCCAAACUUUACCAUUAUGCCAUAUUUUCUGACAAUGUCGUUGCAGCUUCAGUUGUGGUGAAUUCAGCCGUGAAGAAUUCAAAAGACCCACAUAUGCACGUGUUUCAUGUUGUCACUGAUAAGAUGAAUCUUGGGGCUAUGCAAGUUAUGUUCAAGAUGAGGGACUAUAAUGGCGCCCACAUUGAAGUUAAGGCUGUUGAGGAUUACAAGUUCUUGAACUCUUCGUAUGUCCCAGUUCUUCGACAGCUUGAAUCGGCUAAUCUGCAGAAGUUUUACUUUGAGAAUAAGCUCGAAAAUGCUACAAAGGACACCACAAAUAUGAAAUUCAGAAAUCCAAAGUAUCUGUCAAUAUUGAAUCAUCUUCGGUUCUACUUGCCUGAAAUGUACCCAAAGUUGCACAGGAUCUUGUUCUUGGAUGAUGAUAUAGUUGUUCAGAGGGAUUUAACUGGCCUUUGGAAGAUAGAUAUGGAUGGUAAAGUGAAUGGAGCCGUGGAGACUUGUUUUGGCUCAUUCCAUCGUUAUGCACAAUACAUGAAUUUCUCUCAUCCUUUGAUCAAAGAGAAGUUUAACCCUAAAGCUUGUGCAUGGGCGUAUGGGAUGAACUUCUUUGACUUGGAUGCUUGGCGCAAUGAAAAAUGCACUGAACAAUACCAUUACUGGCAGACUCUGAAUGAAAACCGAACUUUGUGGAAAUUGGGAACACUACCUCCGGGUUUGAUAACAUAUUACUCCACAACAAAGCCACUGGAUAAGUCUUGGCAUGUUUUAGGGCUUGGCUACAAUCCAAGCAUCAGCAUCGACGAAAUUGACAAUGCUGCAGUUGUCCACUUUAAUGGAAACAUGAAGCCAUGGCUUGAUAUUGCCAUCACCCAAUUUCGGCCACUUUGGACAAAAUAUGUUGAUUUUGAGAACGAGUAUAUCCAGGCUUGUAACUUUGGGCUUUAAGUGGUGGUAAUAGUUGAAGCUUUGUUCAAAAGAUUCAUUCAACUAAUUUAUCCACGUGUCUGAAGUCUCUCCACGCCCUCCUACACAUAAAGUUAGUAUUUAUUCCAUCAUAGAACCUUAGUUUUAGCAUAUUUACUUUCUGAAAUAGUUUACAUUCUACAAUCUCCAAUUGUCCAUAAUUGUUAUCUAUUUUUAUGGUUGAACUUUAAUCAUGCAUAAAGUUUCAUUCAUCAAUGUUCAAGUAUUUUUCACAUUACAAAUACAUGGCAGGCAUGCAGGCAGCUUAUAUAGUACUCCUCCCCGGUAUCAUGUUCUUCUACGUAAUAAACAAAUGUUUUGUUCGGCUAACACUUUUACGCAUCUACAUAACCUUUAUGCUGCUGUUUUUUAAAUGUGCUGUGGAAGCUGGAUUCCUUCUACCUUUAGUUGUGCAUACAGUUAAAAGGGUAAUGAUAAGAGUGUUGCUAGGAACAUUGAUGAUAUUCAGCCACCAAAAAGGGCAAACAGAAGACAUUGUAGAAUUUAGCGAGACUGGCAUUUCUUAUAGUUUUAAGUCUUGUGCUUAGAUAGAUGUGUUUGGAUGGAAAGGUUGAUGGCUGAUCAUUCAUAUAGGAAAAUGAGGUAUGUGUAAAUGUGCAUUGAGUUGGGAGGGGGGUCUCUUUUCAGAUCCAUUUUGGAGAGAAACAUGUUUUACUAGAUGAGGAAUUAUUUUCCUCAUUUUUUUUAUCCAAUCAAGAGAUAGUUAUAGACAAAUCCCAUCUUCUAUUCUUUCCCCCAUCCAAACACGUUUCUUCAUGUCCUCUGCAUGGAAUCAUGUGGGGAGCUUUCUUUCUCAGUUCCUGAUGACAAUCUGGUAUUUAGUUCACUUUGAAUUUGAUGGUAUAUACAAUUAUACAAAAAAGCAUGUAUGUAUAUGAAGUCGUUAGGUAAUGGAAGAAUAGACAAGAUCUCAAUGAAAGUGAUGGUAUGCAUUUUUAGCAUGUUAACUGAUUCACCCUAUAGAAUACAUGUUUUUUUUUUAAUUUUCAGCAUAGUUGCAGGAUUUAGAUGUGUCAUAGUGAGCUGCCUACCCUAAAUUCGCAUAUAGAGAAAGGGUUGUUAUCGGUCAUGAUUCACAUGGCCCUAUCAUUCAAAAAUAUAUUAUACGGAGUAUGUAGUAUAUGUUUUUGAAUGGAAGGCCCAUGUGUGUCGCGGCUAGUCACUCUCUUUCUUCUGUAUGAACAUCUUGAAUGUAGUAUCUCCACUACUACUGCAAGGAUGAAACCCCUCCACCCAGUGGUGGACCCACCAAGGGUCCCACGGGGUCCCGGGAUCCCAUGAACUUUCAAAAAAUACCUAUAUACGAAGUAUAUUAUAUGUAUUUUAUAUAAAUUAAUAAUACAAUGUAUAUGUAAGGCGAAAGCUAAUUGAGAACAUGAAGUUGGCAUUGGAGCAAUGUAUAUGAAGCGCGCUUGAAUUUAAAAGUAUCCACUUCACAGAGGUGCAGAGGUCGAUUCCCUUAGCCCCUUAGGCAUCACUUUUUGUUUUCCCUCUAUUUAUUUAUUUUUUGAGAAAGGAAGAUUUUAUUCAUAACAAUAAAAGUGCAAUACAAGAAGCUAAAUAAAAGUAAAAAAGUACAAAAAAAAGAGAAUACAAAGAAAAAGAAAUAAAGAAAAAACUAGACCCAAGGGAAAUCUCUGGACUGUGAUCUAGUCCUCAUGCUAUGUCGCCUUUUGUUUUGUUGAGAUUUCUUGUAAAUUUUGAGUUGUGUGUUUAGGUUUUUUGUCGGCAGAUAGUUUUCUAGGGUGACGAGCUUUGAUUUACGGCAAAUCCUUCUGUUGAAUUUGGAGUUCCCAAUUUCUUCCUUGUUUGAUAUAGAAGGGCGACGAUCAUUAUUAGGGAUAACAACAUAAAUAGUACUAACAUUGAUACAUAGCAAUUCUUUACUAAAACAUUAGUCAUUUACUACCUCCGUCCCACUAACAUUGGGACGGAAGGAGGUGACACGGUUAUUAAGAAAAGUUGAUUUAUGUGGUUGAUAUUGAAUUGAUAAAGUGGGAAUAAACCAAAAAUGAUUUAGAGCCACACAAACUUUACCAAAUUUGGUAUGAGACAAUCUUAGUUGGAUUUCCUGAAAAGGUAAAAUGGAACAAUAUUAACGGGACAGAGGGAGUAAUUCAUAAAAAACUGGUAUCAAAAUAUAAAGUUAGUAAGUGUAUUUCCGAAUAUUAUUUAUUGGUUCGAUAUUAGUUUUUAAUGUCUUAUUAGUGGAUUUUUAAAAUAAAAAAUGACUCCAUUUUAUUUUUGUUGUACACUCCAUUUUAAAAAAGUGACUCUAUUUCUAAAGUAUGUAUUAUUAUUGGUUCUAAAUCCCGGAGGUUUUAAGCUUUGGUACUCGGGUGAGAGAGGAACAAAAAUGGAGUAGGCAUUAUGGUGGCAUAUGAUUAUGUUGGGGUGUGGUUGAAGUGUUUAGGAAGAACGAUCGCAUCAUGAGCAUUAAGUUGAUAAUAGGGGAUGAGAUCGUGUCCGUGGUUAGUGCCUAUGCACCACAAGUGAGAUUGGAUCAUCUAUCACUCAACAAUUUUGGGAGGAUCUUGAGGAAGUGGUGUGACGAGUGUCAAGGGGAGAGAAAUUGGUCAUAGGAGGCGACCUCAAUGGACAUGUGGGCCCAAGUCGUGAUGAUUUUGAGAGUGUCCAUGGCGGACAUGAUUUUGGCCCUAGAAAUGAAGCGGGGAAGAACAUUCUGGAUUUUGCCUCGACAUAUGAGUUGGCUGUGAUGAACACUUGGUUCAAGAAAAGAGACUAUCACCUUGUCACCUAUAGAAGUGGAGCUAAUAGUACCCAAAUUGACUACUUUUUAGUACGGACGACUUGGAGAACUAGCUACACUGAUUUUAAGGUUAUC